GUGCACGAUCAUCCAUGAGCGGCCCAGCUUGGAGGUUGAGAAGCGCAGGAAGCUCAUCUUACGUUGGUUCAUCAACAGGAAGGCAGACACGCACACGGUGGUGCGCGCUUUGCUGGAGACAUUGGCGACAGGGAAUUGGGACUCCCCGCGCCUCGAGAUCUAUGUGCCCCCAGCUGAGCCAUUCGACCAGGACCAGCUCUACGAGUUGGUAUCCCGUGGAAUCGCCAGAGCAAUUUCGUAUCGUAACUUCUCGAUGUGCCAGAGGAAGAAGUGGAUGGGCGGCGACGAGGCCUGCUGCGACGUCGCCAUCCCUCUGCUCCUGACGACGGAUCUUCUCAAGGACGCCUACAACCUAUUCUGUCGCCGCGUCGGCGGGCAUGUCCACGCAGCCCCAGUCGAUGCACCCGCUGCCGGGGCCGACCUGCCCGUGCUGAUGGACGAGGCGGGGGCUGAGGAGGCAGCGGCGGCCGAGGACGAUCCCAAUUACGACCCCAGGGGCAAGGCGCCAAUUGCAGCGUGGGCGCAGGAGGUGGCGAAAAAGAGGAGGAUCGCACAGGACUGGCUUUCUGGCACCCGCGGGUGCGCCCCGUGUUCACAGGUCGUCGCGCUCAAGAUGAUACUCAGCGUCGUGCAGACGAUGCAGGCAGAAGAAUUAUUCAUCGGGUCAAAAAAAUGGGAGCAGAGAGAACGAGCUGCGGCUGCGCGUCGGGCCAGGAGUGGCACUUCAGGCAUCCUGCGGGACUACCCGAUCAUCGUGCACAGCCGUGGCGACAUCGAGACUAGAGCUUUCCGCCGCUUGAGAACGCUGCUCUUCUGUCCAACAAUUUGGCUUGUGCUCCGCGAGACAGAGCUCACGAACAAGCUAAAGGUUGACGUAUUCACAGGGUUGUGUGCCGCUGGAGCUCUCAUCGAGAAAUUAAUCGCGCUGCCGCACACGCAGCCUCCCUUCAGUCUCUUCAUGGUGCUCGCCCAACCGGAGCUGGCGGGUGCCAUUCAGGCCGCGCCCGCGUGCCAGUUGGACGCAUGGUCUCGGCGGUUCCUUGCAGCCAACGACCUCGGCACAGAUGUGGCGCGGCUGAAGCUGCUCGUCCACGCGUUGGUUAUCCACCUCAACACGGACAGGCUCGAGGUCGACAACAGCCACCUCAGGAGAAUCGUUACGAAGCACGUUCAGUGCCCCCAGCCAUGCACGAUGGACCUGAGCAGCAGAUGGAUGGGGACGGCAGUGCGUCAACAUCGAGAAGUGCCUCUCAGCGGUCCCGCUGGCCACCGACCAUCCAACGUCGACCAGGGCGACGACCUUCCAGCGAGGCCUCCGCGGGGCUCAGGCGGCGGAGCUUGGAGGGCAUUCGUGAGGCAUUCGGGAUCGAACGACCUCAGGGAGGUCGGGAGGCUCUACCGCGCGCUGCAGGACACUGUCGGCGACGAGCUCCUCGAGACCUGCAUCAAGGAAGGCCGCGAAGCCGCUGAGCGGAGGCGGAGCGGCCGCAGGGGCAACGCCUUUGGGCCAUCGCGGAGGGACGUGGAGCGCCAGAAGUUCAAGGCGUCCCUCGCGAACAGAGUGGCGGCUGGCGGGGGGCAAGCUAUGGACCCUGCACUAGACAGGCUCAUGGAGGACGCAGUGUUGCACCAAUACACGACGGAUGAGACGAUUGCUCUUGCGAAUGGAAUUCGAAAGUCAGCAGUGGCCCACCGCAUCGCAGCUGAGAAAGCAGACGCUAAGGCACUUCAUGAUUUCAGAGCUGAGCAUUCCCCAGGUUGGCGCCAAGCUUUGUGCCGUGACUGCUGCGCAUUGCAGCCGCUCGCAUCCAGCAUGCACGCCGAGCCUGGGCCGCUGCCUGGCGUCGUCCACCUCCGCCAUGACAUACAGGCCUCUGCAGAGGAUGCUCGGGAUCUGGUGUCGCACAUGCGUGCGAUCGGGGGUUCCCAGACGGACCUGGCGCAGGCGAUCGAGGACCGCUGGUCGUUCAU